CAAACAUCAUCCAGGAGAGAACAAGAAACCAUAUCCUAGUAGCAAAGUUACUACUAAAACCUACGUGCUAAUCUGCAAAUUUAAGAAAUGGCUCAAGCAGUUGCUAGCGGGCAGGUGAUUGAACAAUACGGGCCUUAUGGUUCUCAAUUGCCGGAAAACUAUCGCGUUCAACUUGCUGAUGGUGAGCGUUUCACUACACUAACAGUGGACAGUGGAUACAUUGUGGAUGGAAUCAGAUUUGUGAUAGCUAAGCCUGAUGGAAGUACCAGGACUGUGCAGAUCGGUGGCACUAGCCCACCAACCAGCACACACUUUGUUAAUCAGAUUGUGCUCAAGGAUGGUGAAUACCUAACCGGUGUUAGUGGAACGUAUGGAAACGAUAGAGAUCGGAAGCAAGUUGAUGUUGCGACAUUGAAGAUUCAGACCAAUUUCAAUCCUCAAGGAUAUGGACCAUAUGGACAAGGAAAGGAUGUUGAUAAUUUAACUGCUUUUUCAUCGCCAAACAUAACUGAUGGUCCUGUUGUUGGAGUUUUUGGAAGGAGCGACGGCUAUAUCGAGUCAAUUGGACUUCUCGUGAGGAAGGAAUUUUCGAGCGCUAAUUAAUGACGUUCUCCAAGUCUUAGGCUACUGUAUUCAGCCAAUGGGGAUAUCUACUUUUAUUUUUGUUUCCAAUAAGCCACAAUAAGAAGUACUUAUAUUAUAUGAGUGGCCUCUCAAGCUAAGAGUGAUUGUAAUCAUAAACUUGAGUGAAUGUAUUAUUGUUACGUUGUUGGUAA